AUGCCUGGAAGUGUAGCUAGUUUCUCAUAUGGAAGCACAGACAACACAUUCUUGUCAAUGACACUCUUCUUCAAGCCUGCUAUAGAAGGAUUCUUGGCUGGAUGCAGGAAAAUCAUAGGAUUGGAUGCUUGCCAUUUGUAUGGGAAGUAUGGUGAUGUGUUACUGGCUGCAACAGGUCUAGAUGGUCAGAAUGGUUUAGUUCCUCUUGGUAUAAUGGUGUGUAGGAAUGAAACCAUUGAGAAAUGGAAGAUAUUUCUCAAAGACUUGAAAGAUAUACUGGAUGAAGACUUGCAUUUCACCAUUAUAUCAGACAAGCAGAAGGGGAUUAGUGAAGCUUGUGACAAAUACUUCUGCUUGGAUGAGCACAGAUUAUGUUUCAGUUCAAUGACUAACUAUUACUUGGCUACUUGGCAGACAUUUGAUGAAGAAUUUCAAGAACAACACAUGGAUAAAUUGUUUGCUGAGGAUGAAAAAGUUGCACUGUAUCUCCUAGAUCAAAAACCUGAAUGCUGGUCUAGGUCUCAUUUCUCAAAUGAUAUCAAGUGUGAGCACAUUAACAAUAAUUUCUCAGAAUCUUUCAAAAACAUGGAAAAUCCCUUCAGGGAUAAGCCCAUCAUUACACUUGCACAAAUGUAUAAUAAACUGGUGAUGGGUCUUUUCUUCAAGAGGAGGAAUGAAAGUGAAAAGUGGCAGGAUGGUCAGAUAGUUCCAAAGGCAAUGAAGCUGAUUACAAAGAUGCAGGACUUAAAUCAUAUGUUUGAGUUGAUUGGAGCUGUAAGGGGAAAGGGGUAUGAGCCGAGGGGAUUUCCAUGUCAACAUGAUGUAUGUGCUUUAACACCUUUGAGACCAAACUGGGAUGACUACUGUGACCCUGUGUAUAGUGUGGAAUACUACAAAAAGACAUAUGCUCCAGAGUUUGAACCAUUGUCAGCUGAAAUUGACUGGAAUAUACUGGCAGAGUUCAUUAAUCCUCAUGUUAUCAUAAGGAAAACUGGAAGGCCAAGGAAGAAGAGGAUUCCUUCUUAUGAUGAAGCUGGAAGUGUGAAGAAAAUGAGAAAGUGUAAGAAGUGUGGAAUUUAUGGUCACUAUGCAGUAACUUGUGGUGGUGGAGAGUACAACAAAAAGAAACCAGUUGCUAGUGUUUCUGCAGGUGCAUCUACUACUGCUAAGGAUGGAAUGAAGAACAACAACAGUUCCAAAACAUGUGUUGCUGAAUCUUCUAAACAAGGUGCUGCAAAAUCAGGCCAAAGGAGUAAGAGAAAGGCUUCUUCUCAACCUGCUUUCAAUCAGACUAACAAACAUGUUGGAUCUGUCAACAACAAAGUCACCUUCACAGUUGCAGAUCCAAAGGGAAAGAAGAAACCAAAGAAGUACAUGAAAAUCUGA